AUGGGUCCCGUGUCAGUAGUCUUGAGCAUGUCAAACAAUCUGACAGGCAGACAAACACCCUCGACUCCUGAGGACAUCACCCGCAGUCUCCAGCUUCAACUCGCGCAGAGCCCGGCGGCCGGAACUGGACUGUCAGCGACAACGUAUCGACACGGACGAGACAAACGAAAAGCGCAGCACGAAGAUCCGACUUGGAACAUCAAGAAGCCCACCGGGGCAGAACCCGGGCCGGAGUCGCAGGCCGUCAAGAGGCGCGGACAGCAGGAUCCCGGGUUCGGGUUCGCCAGUGAGCUGCAGCAGUAUCUCGAUGUCCUACGGCAACACGAGGUCGAGACCAUCAACGUCCUGAGCAGCUCGGCACCUUCGACGCCGCAGGAGCCCAGGGAAGCCGUGACUUUCGCCCCAAACCUGCCGUACCCCGUCAUCAUCCCGCAGCGACGAUCCGCGACGACUCGCGCGCGAGGGUUCGUCUGCGACUACUCGCCAGCACUACGGAGCGCCGGCGUCGGCGAGAAGUCGUUCUCGGGCUUCAUCAGCCAGCUGAACAGGGUCGCCGAGCUGAAACCGCGCGCCCAUGCCGUCAACUUUGGCGAAUUCGCGGACGUGGUGUGCGCUGGCAUGCGCCGCGAUUCGUUCAUCUCCGCGGCGGUCCGCAAGGCCGUCGAGAUGACGAGCGGCGUCGGGAAGCCCACGGUGAUGAACAAGUUCGUCGCGAACAUGAAUGACGAACUCUUCAAGCCAAAGGGGCUCGUUUGUCUUCUCAUCACCUGGGAGCUCGAAGGGCCGGCAAUAUCGUUGACGGAUCACAACAAUGGAAGCACAAGGUCGACGUCGGCAACGCAGGAACCAAAAAGGAGAAUACAGUGGCUGGAUGGCUCCAUCAGCACGACUCAGACGAUGAGCGCAAUUGAAUGGCACCAACCUGCCAACGGAACCGAAAGAGAUGGCAGUACGCUCUCAGGGGCAGAGAUCUCGACGGUGACAUGGAACCAAAGCUAUUUUCCAAGCCCCGGCGGACGACCCAUUCACGGCCAAGAGGACCAAUGCGUAAUGGCACACCACGUGGGAGAACACUGUAGACAUCAAGUGGGAAAUAUGCAGACCGAACCCCGAUUUCUCCCGGCGGAAACGAUACAAUACAAACAGGUCUCCAGCGGGGGCGACCUCUCUUCAGUCAAGCCUGGCGGUGAGACAGCCUUCAACGUCUCAAGCUGGCGUUUGACCCUCGAACAGCAGGACACCAGUGAAGAUAGUACAGGCUCUUUCUGGGGUUUCGACACCUUCAUGCCUUUUGAAGGCGCCCAGCAGGUUGCAGAAACGCAGCAGAAACCGUCGACAGAGGCGAACGAUCCAGAGCCUUGCAGCACGAGCGUCGCUCCGCCCUCCUUCACUACUGGGGCGCUGGAGGUUGUAGAGACAGACUCGCUGUGUCUUUUGAUUACAAACCUGCCUUGA